UGCUUGUCUUGAGAUGCAAGUAAUAUAUAAGCUUCGAAAUAAUAUUUACACAAAUACAUAUGUAUGCAAAUAUGUUCAAUAUAUAUUUACGAACUCACUACAUUUAUAUACUGAGUGAACUAAUUAAUUAACGAACUACAUAUUUUAGUCAGUCAUUAAUUGACAGCGCGUAAGGAUGCACAUUCAGAUUUUGCUUUUGUUUAUAACGGUUUUCUUAGCAGUUUUACCCCCACCAAACCGCGCCGUUGAUGUAAGUGCAUUUAACGAUGCUUUGAUUGUAAAUUUACCGAACGGUAGAAUACGCGGACGUGAUAAUGAAUACUUUUAUAGUUACGAAUCGAUUCCGUAUGCUGAGCCACCACUUGGUCCACUACGAUUUGAAUCACCGCGCCCAUACACUAGCAAUUGGACAGACACAUUUGAUGCUACCCGCGAACCAACCGAAUGCAUGCAAUGGGAUCAAUAUAAAGCUGGCGCCGAUAAGUUACACGGUGUCGAAGAUUGUCUCACGGUGAACAUCUAUAAACCAAAGCAGCCAGCCACUGCAGAUGUAGCAGAUGAUGGUUUGCCGGUGUUGGUGCUUAUACAUGGUGGCGCCUUUAUGUUCGGUUCAGUGCGUGGUAAUGGUCAUGAGAAUUUUAUGCGUAGCGGACGUGUGAUAGUUGUGAAAAUGGGUUAUCGCUUGGGUCCGUUGGGUUUUCUUAGUACCGAAGAUACGGUUAUAUCGGGUAAUUUCGGUAUGAAAGAUCAACGUUUGGCACUGCAGUGGAUCAAGGCGAAUAUCGCACGUUUUGGUGGUGAUCCUGAACGUAUUAUGGUAUUGGGUUUCUCCUCGGGCGGUGUUGCAGUGCAUCUGCAUAUUCUAGCACAACGCAAUUUUACAGAAUAUGCUAAGGUGGCCGCAUCCUUUAGUGGUGUUGCGUUUAAUCCUUGGGCAAUUACGCAUAAGACACGUGAGCGCGCAUUUGAAUUGGCGAAAAACCUGAACUGUCCAGAUGUGAGCACUUCAAAAUUGAUUAAAGAAUGCCUGCAGCGUAAACCGGCUGCUGCAAUUGUUCGUGGUGUACGAAAUUUCCUCGUCUUCGGUUAUAAUCCAUUCACCACUUUUGGACCUAGCAUAGAAGACGCCGCUGUUGAAGAUGCUUUUCUGACGCGUGCACCUAAGCAGAUUGUGGAGUCUGGUGAUUUCGCCCAGUUACCUUGGUUAGUUUCAUAUUCAGCGCAAGAUGGCGGUUACAAUGCUGCGGAGUUGCUACAACGUAUGCCGCGUAGGGAGGAGUUGAUUGAAGUAUUUAAUGAUCGCUGGUAUGAUUUGGCACCAUAUAAUUUGUUCUAUAAAGACACCAUGCGUACGGUAGAACAGAUGGAUGACUACUCGGUAGCAUUGAAACGUCGCUACCUCGGGGAAAAGGAAUUCUCUAUCGACACCUAUUCGAAUGUGCUACGCAUGUAUACGGAUGUACUGUUCCGAAAUGGUGUGGAACAAGCGAUUCGUUUGCAGCGACAAUAUGCAAAUAGUCCAAUUUAUGCGUAUGUUUAUGAUAAUCCAGCAGAGGAGGGUAUAGGUGAAGCGUUAGCACAUCGUAAGGACGUGAAAAUGGGUACUGUACAUGGAGACGAUUUCUUUUUGAUUUUCAAUAGAGCUGGGAGAACCAAAAUACGCGCCGAUGAACAAAUAAUAUCUCAAAAAUUUAUUAGAAUGUUGGAAAACUUCGUAGCAAAGAGUGACGAAUUAACUUUCGGUGAUUGCAAAUUUGUCAACAAUGUUGGAAAAGAGGAGUAUCAGUUAAUGUUUAUAACAAAAGAUAAUUGUAUUAAUAGGUCUAUCGUAAACUUGCCAUCGUUUUAAAAAAAUAAACAUU